AUGGUAUUCUAUAAACUCUUAAUGACCAUGGUGGUCGCCGCAAGCUCAGCUUCCACCGCACUCUCAACAUUUCAGACGAAGCAAUUUCCGUACUCAAUUCCCACGCAAUACAAUUUCCCCAAUCCAAAUAUGGCACAGCUCCGCCAACUCGAAGAUUUUGCCGGAGGAUUGGUCAAUUUGACAAAUAAUGGGCCUUCAAAGCUAUCCCCGAAGGGCAUAUCUCAAUUCCAACUCAUCGUUAUGAAUGAAUUUUUCGAAAGUUCAAUUUUCAGCUCCCUGUUGUAUAAUGUCACCAACAGCGCUACGGGCUAUGAAUACGAAAAUUUGGAUGAACUUGCUACUAUCCUCCAAACUAUUCUUGCGCAAGAGGAGCUACAUGCCAUCAAUGCUAUCAAGUAUCUCAAUAUAACGACGCCUUCGUCCCAUCUCCAUACAAGUAUGAAUUCGGAUCUACAACACUCUAGCACGCCAUCAGCUUCACGAAGUCGCCGUUGGGCAAGAGAGGGUAAUAUAGACCAAGUUCUCAUCGUCGCAGCCAUGAUCACCAAUGAUGCAGAACAAGCAGGCUACUUGCGACACAUUCUUGAAAAGAAGCCAUCAGGACAACCAUUUACCACAACAUUUGUGGCGCCAUUUCUACUAAGCGUGCUAAACACCUUCACCAUCCCCAGUAGCUGUUCUUUUUAUUAUCCAGCAUUAACAUCAACCACAUUUAGUCCCUUUAAUAUCGUGGGCAUCGGUAUGAUCAAGCGAAAGGGUCAAACUCUCACCUUUGAGACAUAUCUAAACGGAAUUGCCGGCGCGACACAAUAUUUCAACAAGACUGAUGGAUGCGGGUUCGAGUAUUUGAUGGAUGGACUAUCGUUAGCUGCGCUCACUACGAAAGAUGAUUUGUCUUCGGUGGACGAGAUGCUACAGUUCACGUUGGCUGUUCCGGUGAUUAUGCAGGCGGACGCUUAUCUGAAUGCAAAUAACGGCCUUGAGGCUCUAGAAGCGGCUCAACUAUCGGGCCAUGAGGGUAUAUCGAGCCUCUAG